CAACCAACCCCAGACCCAGCAGAUGGAGGUCCAGGCCCAGCAGCCAAGCCGUGUCAGCGCCGAGCAGCCUCGCGCUGUCGAGCAAAUGACUGCCGAGCCCGUCUCCAUGCGUGGCGGUGGAGAAGGUGAAGAGGUCUGCUGUGGCGUCUGCGCCGGUCUCGCCUGCUUCGAGUGUCUUAACUGCUGCUGCUAAAU